CAUGAGGUCCCUCUUUCUCUUGAUUAUCAUUUCCCAUGUUCAUCUUCAUCACUCUCUUCCGAUGCCAAUGCAACAAAGUCUAGAGUUCGCCGCGGACGCAUCACGGGCGGGGGCGUCUUUCCACACGCCCCAUAUAAACCCAGCGGAGCCUCUGACAGCAGCAGCUCGAGAUGGAAACCAACCACUCGAUCUCUCAAGACAUACGUUUGGAACUGGAAAACCGGGUGACAAGCCCACAGAAGCAAAUCAACCUGCGUGGUACACCCGAGAAGGGAUGAAGAAUAAGGCCCAGGGAUGGUCAGAUAAAAUUUCUUCACCGUGGAUGAUUCGUACGAAGGAAUAUGUGGGAAUAAGCCAUCCAAUAACUUCAAUAGGUGAAAACGCCAAAGAUAUAGACGCUUGGUUAAUAGAAAAAAACAUCAAAAUGGACAGGACAAUCGUUAGGAGUUUCUACACAAGCCUCUCCGCUGACGAACGAUCAGGAGCCGCAGAGGUCAAAUACGUCAAAGAAGUUGAUGAUUUGAUCAGGCAUGGCGGGUCGGACAAAGAUACUAAAAAUUUAUUCGAAUACUUUGAGAAGAGCCUAGGUAAGGAGGAAUUCGCGAGAAGGAAAGACGUUCUCCUGUGGCAAGCCAACGAACUUGAGCGCAUCACGAAAUGGAACCGAGCCCUUCCGUCUAUGGCUAAAUUCUCUGGCGUGACCCAAGAAAAUAUGAAGGAGUGGGGAAAGGCAAUAGGAAUGGGCGAAUAUUUUCCUGCUUUCAAACCUGUCGUCGGGAAACCCAGUAACGCAAAAUAUCUCGCGGCGUUUAGAGAGCUUGGCGCAGCUGGGGAAAUUGAACGUGAAUUGGGAACGGCACAAGUACAGCGCCGAAUUGCGAUAAUGGAAGCUAUGGAUCGCCAAUUUUGGGAUCCCACACUCUUGAGAGAUCUUGAUGCAAGACUUGUGACGGAAUGGCAAGAACAAAAUCUCGAUGUGCCAAGGAUGUUGGCUACUUUGGAUAUCACUCGGUUUGUGGCCAAGCAAGGACGUAGCGUCAACUGGCGCAACAACCCCAAAGCGCUUGACUUGGUGUACUGGGCAUUCCAACCAAUUGCUGAGGAGGCAAGUAACGUGGCAAGGGGUCGUGUUCAAACGGGGAUAACCCUUGAAGAUCAACGAAUCAUCAAGUUUUUUGAUGAUGAUCCUGAGGCAAAACGGAUGUACGAAUCACUGAAGACCGAUGUACACAUAGGGCUGAUAUACCCCAAGUCGCCCCAAGUGGAGAAUUUGGUCCAGACGACGUCGAAUACGAUCGCCAAAAAUCGGUGGACUGGACUUUUGACUAACCUCUGGAGUUGGCUCAAAAAAGUAUUUGGGAAGAGACGCAACAAUCCAGAACUACUAACUAUGACAGCAGAUCCACCAAAAGGCGCACCGUUAACACGAUCUAAAAGCAGCCCUAAUUGAGACCAAUUGAUGAAGAACAAUGUUUAAAAGAAAUCCAAUCCAUGUUAUGUGUGUAAGGUUUUUUCCAGAACCAAUGUACAUACACAGGUAGACCUUACUUGAAUUUGAGACAGAAAAAAAGACAAUUAGGCUAAAUAACCAUCUGGU